AUGGCCGGCUUGAUCCAGAAGACUCUGGAGACGCUUCACCUAAGCUCUCCAGAGAAAGGCGCCCCUCCGCAAGAGCCAGAUACUGAUCAGGUCAAGUCUCUACGUGAGAAGUAUAAGAAAGAAAACCAAGAGCAUGUUUUUGCAUUCUACGAUGAACUAGACACUGCAGGCAAAGCAUCACUGUUUGAACAACUCUGCACCUUCGAUCCUCACCGCAUCAACAUCCUUGCAGACAAAGCAUUACACCCUCCCAAGGAAUCCAACGAGACGCCAUCCCUUGAACCUCUUCCCGCAUCCGCAUCUGCUUCACUGCUGGAUGCCAAUCAAGAACAGAAGGAUGGCUGGUACAAAGCUGGUCUGGACCACAUCUCCAAGAACAAAGUAGCAGUGGUGCUCAUGGCAGGCGGUCAAGGGACGAGACUGGGCAGCUCCGAUCCGAAAGGCUGCUACGACAUUGGUCUGCCCAGCAGGAAGUCCUUAUUUCAGGUUCAGGCGGAACGAAUCAAGAAGUUACAAGAAUUGGCCCAAGCCCAGAGCUCCCCUGAAGCUGAGCCAGUCAUUCCGUGGUACGUCAUGACUAGUGGCCCUACAAGAAAGCCAACAGAGAAAUUCUUCAAGGAGCACGAGUACUUCGGGUUACAGCGAGAAAAUGUCAUCAUUUUCGAGCAAGGAGUGCUCCCUUGCAUAUCAAAUGAAGGAAAGAUUUUGCUGGAAAGCAAAUCCAAAGUUGCGGUUGCUCCCGAUGGCAACGGCGGCAUUUAUCAAGCACUUUUGACUUCAGAAGCCCGGACUGACAUGCGGAAGCGCGGAAUUGAACAUGUCCAGGCAUACUGUGUCGACAAUUGCUUGGUGAAGGUCGCGGAUCCCGUGUUCAUUGGCUUCGCUGCAUCCAAGGAUGUUGACAUUGCCACCAAAGUUGUCCGCAAGAGAGCCUCCAACGAGCCGGUUGGUCUGAUUGUUCAAAAGAAUGGAAAGCCCGAUGUGGUAGAAUAUUCAGAGAUUGACAAGGAGACGGCAGAAGCCAAGGACAGCUCGGAUUUGCUCAGGUUCCGAGCCGCCAACAUUGUCAAUCACUACUACUCCUUCCGAUUCUUCGAAAGUAUCGAGGACUGGGCUCACAUGCUCCCUCAUCAUGUUGCUAGAAAGAAGAUCCCGUUCAUGGACCCCGAGAAGGGCGAGACUAUCAAACCAGAGAAACCCAAUGGCAUCAAGCUUGAGCAAUUUGUGUUCGACGUGUUCCCGCUCAUCGGUUUAGACAAAUUUGCCUGCUUGGAAGUUGAACGCAAGGAAGAGUUCUCACCGUUGAAGAAUGCUCGUGGUACUGGCGAAGACGAUCCCGAUACCAGCAAAAAAGAUAUUCUGGAGCAGGGUUCCCGGUGGCUGCAUGCUGCUGGUGCUAUAGUGGUAUCCGAGGAAGGCGAGACAGGCGUUGAGGUGUCACCACUCAUCAGCUAUGGUGGUGAGGGCCUUGGAUACCUACAUGGACGAGAGAUCCGGGCACCAGCAGUGAUUGAGAAAAGCAAGGGAGAAUAG